ACAACGCAGGCGUUAUCGAUAACUCUGUGCAAUACUACGUUUACAGUUAGCUGUGCUGAUUAUUUGGAAGCGUGUUGGCGCAUUUUACACAUGAAUCAGUGCAUUCUAAUGAAAUAUACAGAAAACAGAAACGCAUAUCUGCAAAAUCACAAACAUUAAUCAGCAUGGAUGAUCGUGGAGAGUUAAGCUUGGUGAAGAAGGUGGUCCACUCGCUGGUGGUGUCCUCACCAGGAAAACUGACCGUCGAGCAGCUGAUGCGGGAUUACCUCAGCGAAGAGGGCUGCACUUUGCCCUACAGCAAACUGGGAUUCAAGGACGCCGAAACCUUUCUCCGAUCCAUUCCGGAUAUGGUUACGGUGACGGGCCACGGACAAAUGGCAUGGAUAAGUGCAGUAGCCACUGCCAAAUCAGCGCACAUUCAGCAAUUCGUCCGUUGCCAAAAGAAGUCCAAGAAUCGAAGCUUCCACAAACCCAAGUAUUGCUACGCCUCCGAGCCAUCCAAUCUGGUCUUCAUUAACGAACGCGCCUCUAAAAGUAAAAACAGGAAAGCUCCGUCCCAAACUUAUCAGACGCCCAGCAAUCUGAAACUUCCUGUUUCGUAUCCCAACUAUAGUCGACUAUUAUUUCCCGUCCAUAUGCCUGUUGUCUACGCUAAUAUUGACCAAAUGAUCAGCACCAGACAGCAACAGGUGCUAUAUAAUUAUCUGCAGUACAACUUUUAUCUUCAGUCGCUGAAUAAUCCGUAUGCCUUUCCGCAGAGUACUUUUAGACCACAAAGGACAAGCGUUCCAUGUAACGCCAACUCCAAGUCAUUGAAAGUUAAUGGUUGGUCACAGAACGGACGAAAACCGGAAGCCUCAAAGGAGCAAAACCAUCAGACACAUCCUGAAACAUCUACUGAGAAUAAGCAAGACGUGCCAGCUCAGGAAUUAGAGAAAGAAAACGAGGAAUUGGCCAAAGCUUUUGAAAACCUUUCCGUGGACGUUGCUCCCAUUGGUCACCAAGAAAAGCUAGAGUACGAAAUCUAUGAGGAUGAUGAAGACGAAUUUGUCAGGGACCCCUUUAUCUAUGGAGAGGUUAAAGAUCCAGAUCAAGUGCUUUCAUCCGAGGAUGGCUCUGAUGCUGUCAGGCCGCUGGAUCCGCCGGAGGAUUGCUUACACUACGCGUCUUCUGACGAUGGGGAUGAUGAAAAUGCCAUUCCAUCUUAUGCUGUGGACGAUCGGGUUCUAGGCGUUGACUACCCUAAGGAUGCGGUUCGUUCUGAUUUCACACUGCCUUCUCGCGUUAUUGAGUCCAUUAUUGAGGUACAGCAGCGCAUUAGGGUGCAGUUGGUGAGCUUGGUCAAUCCACACAAUUUCAACUUCUGGAUAUAUAACGAAGAGUUUAAAGACUACGAGUCACAGUUUGCCAAUAUGCAAACGUUUUAUGACAGUUGUGCCUCGGAAAAUUACACAAUGCCACUGUUUUUGAUAACUACGGAUCAUCUCUGUGUGGUUCGCGGUACGAGUGGCUGGGAAAGGGCCAGAGUAUUAGGCUACCGGUCCAGUAACAACAAAAUGUCAAUCGAGGUAGAGCUGGUGGACAUAGGCGACAUAAUCUGCGUGUGCCAGCGGAAUGUUAAGUUUCUGCUCAAGCAGUUCGCCUUGCUGCCACGGCAAUGUUUGUCCGGUCGAUUGGCGUUCAUAACGCAGUGGAAGGCUCCAAAAUGGUCCGCAGAAGUUGUUAGCUUCUUCCACGAGAUGAUAUUAUUGCGCCAACUUUACGCCAAGGUCGAAGCUAUUAAGAACAAUACUGCCUAUCUUGUGCUAGUUGAUACGGAAACACAUGCACACACUGUAAACUUAAAUAGAUCGCUCAUAGAAUCUGGUUGGGUGCGCCGCUGCACAAGUGCAUAGAUUUGUAUUAUAUUUAUAUUGCAUUAAUUACAUUAAUUGUGUGACUCACUGUUGAGCCCAAUUUAAGUUCCUAUCGUGUCGACAUGGAAUGUCGAACGGAUUGAUUAUGUUUCCCACAGUAUGACUUCAAUGAAACUCGUUAACGUAUUAUUUUAAGGCAAACGCUGUCCUUCUGCUUUCUUUUUAUUAGUUUACGUGUAAUAAAAUACUAGGUUACAUAAA